AUGCGCCGAACACAAACUGUUGAGACCCUGGGUUUUCCCGUUCUGACGGGCGGCGCGGAGCUGGGUGCGAGGCUCUGGCGGUACCGAGCGCUGCCGCCGUGCCCGUCACGUUCCGGGCCCCGGAGCGGAUCGCUCCCGCUCGGCCCGGGGACCGAGGGGCACCAAGGCUGGAACAGGCGGGGACCGAGCGGGGAUCGAGGGGGGGAACGAGACGGGACCGAAGGAGGGAGCGAGGCCCGGCCGGCUCCGCCGCCCCCGGGCCGGCCCCGCCCCGCCUGUCGGGUGCCGCGGUUGCCCGAAUAUAAAAUCUUUAGCACCAGUACAUCCUUCGAGUCUGCCAUGAACUGGGCUCUGGAUUUUCAGAUCUGUUGUGUUACUUUGCAUCUCAUGCAGUCAUCUGGUGCAAGGCCUCAGGCGUGGCUGCUUCCUUCUCAGUUCCCGAAGGAGGAGUUUCUCAAUGUGAAGAAGGUGGCCAGCACUGGGGCGAGUUUUCUGCCCAGAAUUGGCCCAUUUCAACACUUGUUGCCAGUUCCCCCGAUAGAGAGCUUGCUCCAAGUUUCCCCACCAGAGAUGGUAUUUCAGAAAUUCAUCGCUCAUGAGGUCUCGGAAAUGGUACUGUCUCUCACAAACAAGGACAAGUCUCCUCGGCUGGUGAAGGUCUACAUGGAGAGAUCACCUUAUUUUGAGCUCGUGUGCCCCAGUGAUGUACGCCACAUCAUCCUACCAGGCACUUCUUCCCAUGUGCGCAUUCGCUUCACCCCCGACGAGACCGAGAAUUACUCCCAUGAGCUCGUCUGCCUCACUGCAAGGGACAGGAUAGUUGUGCCUAUUCAGGCCAUUGCUGCCCAAGCUAUCCUCCUGGACUUCCCUGACCAGCUGGACUUCUCACGGUGCCCAGUCAAGUACAGCAGCCAGAAGACUCUGCUGGUUCGCAAUGUUGGUAACGUGGAAGCUCAUUACCAGCUGAGCACCCAGAGUCCUUUCUGCGUGGUUCCAGACAGGGGAACUCUGGCCGCUGGUGACACCAUGCAGGUGACAGUGGGAUUUCACCCGCUGACGGUCGGUGACCAUUCCGGGUCCCUGGUAGUGUGCUGCAACACAGGUGAGUGUAUCCGCACAAACCUUCACGGAGAAGCUGUAGAUGUCAACGUUCGGUUGAGCACCAAUUCCGUGAAGGUUGAGAACACUUUCAUCACCACAUCAAACUACACAACCGUGUUCAUCAAAAACAGGAGUAACAUCACAGCCCACUUCCAGUGGAAGACUUUUCCUACUGAGGAAGAUGAGAAUAAACUGAAGAGAAGGCAGUGCUAUUUUCUGCAGCCACUGAAAGAUGUGUCGCUGGAAAAAUUCAUUGAGGAGGAAAAUAUAGAGCAGGAGAAGGGCUAUUGUGAAGAUAACACUGCCCUUGUGAGCCACACAGUCCAGGAGGAGAUGGCAAAGGUGAAAGAAGACCCCAUGCUGUUUUCCGAUGACAUUUUUUCCAUUGAGCCCGUGGAGGGAGAAAUUGGGCCGAACUGUUGCGCCAAAAUCAAGGUGACCUUUAAACCUCUAGAAGCACUGGAGUAUCGAAGUGUGGCUUACUGCAACAUCUCAGGCCGAGAGAGCAGGCUGCCCCUGCGCCUCAUCGGGGAAGGCCAAGGACCCUUCGUUGAACUCCGCUCUCAUACACUGAACCUUGGGAACAUUUUUGUCAACACCCCCUACGUCUAUGAGGUGAAACUGAUUAACCAAGCACCUAUUGAUGCUCCCUUCACCUAUAUCUGUACAACUGCAAACGUGGGCUACUGCUUCAAGUUUGCACCUGAGGAGGGCAUCAUUGCACCAGGUGGGAUCCAGACCAUCCAGAUCUCCUUCAAUGCCACCGUACUGGGGAGGUUUGAGGAAGAAUUCCAGUUCAGUGUGGCUGGAUCUCCUACACCUGCAAUCCUGACAAUCAAGGGAAAUGUCUGUGAACUGACUGUAUACUUCAACGUCGAUGAGCUCAACUUCGGUGACGUUUCCUUUGGCUUUCCCUACACCAUGACCUGUCGCCUCACUAAUGCCUUCCCAGUGUCCCAGAGGUUUAAGCUCCGCAUGUCUGACGAUGGCACUCAGCCUGCUGUGACCCUGUGUUCCAACACCGUGAUGGAUUUCUGCCGGAGAAUGCUGGUGGACCUGGAGGGUAUUGGCAAUGGAGUGGCAUCAGUGACCAUCAUGGCCAGAUGUCUCGUUCCUGAGCUGCGAGUGUACCCUCACGUCCUGCUGUACGACGAGUGCCGCCUCAAGGUGCCCUACGAGAGGAAGUUCCUCGUUGUGAAUAACACCGACCUUCCUGGCUGCUACGGGCUUAUUCCCCAGAAACGCAAGGAGGACACUCCUGUGUUCUACUCCAGCCCCAAACCCUGUGGGAUUGUCCAGCCUCACAGCAUUGCAGAGAUUCCAGUUACAAUCGAAGUCCAAACAUUGGGCAAGCAUCGCACCAGUGUUCUUAUCAGCGUGUUUGGGGAUGAGAGAAACCCACGGAGACAAGAAUUACAGAGCACUGGACAGCUGGCAGACAUCUACCCGAGUCCAAGGCUGAUAGAGUUUGGCAUGAUCCCAGCACUACAGCCUAAUUCACAAACUUUUACCCUCUUCAACAAACGUCUUGUCCCUACAGACUUCAGGGCAGAGAUAGCCUGCAAAGCCCACUGCUAUGUCAUCGAACCCAAAGAAGGAGUGAUCCCUGCUACGGGUGAGGUUCCUGUGACCAUCACAGCAACCUUGGAUGACACUGGGAUUUUUGCUGACACUAUUCAGCUUUUCACUGGGAACAGCCUUUGGACCACCUUCAUGGUGCUGGCUGUGGGCACCGGCACCACAAUUGUCAUGGACAAACCAUUCGUCCCAGAGCUCAGCUUGGGACACCAGUUCAGGCUCGUUCCCUGUAUUUGUCAGUUCAAAGUAACAAACAGGGGCCACCAUUUCCAUCGGCUCUUCUGGAGUGUGGAAUGUCACAGCCCCCCUAAGAAGAAGGGCCAGAGCAUCCCAGCCCUCAGUAGCCCCCUGGCCGAAGAUGAUUGCCAGAGCCCCAAAGGCACCAGCCCCGUGUUUGGGCUGGAGCCACUGUCGAUGGAGCUGCAGCCGGGCGAGUCUGUGGACAUGGUGCUGCGAGGCUUCUCCCCCAUCGAGCAGCUACAAAAACCCAGGGCUGAUCCCAAAGUAGGGGCGGAUGGAAAUGUUGCUCUUUUGAGGACAGAGAAGAUAAUAGAAACAACCAUUACCUGCAAGUUUAUUGAUCCCUCCAUAGAAAUAUCAGCCAGACAAUUCUCUUUCUGGGUGGAGAAGAAACCCAGUGAUGAUGUCCUGACUCUGCAGUACAAGCCUUUGGCUUUAAAGAACACCUGCUUGCUGCCACUCGACCUUAUGCUGGACUUGGAGCAGCCGUUUCUGCUCUGCGAUGCGGACCAGCAGCCCCUCCCGGAUGGCCAGCCUGUGACAGUGGAUGUAGGACAGACCUGUCAUCUCUACAUUGCAUUUGACCCAUCUUAUAAACUGGAUUUUCAUAGCUGGAAGGAAGAGAAGGUUCUGAAGAUAAACAUGGUCAAUGGCCAUCCUUAUGUGGAGUGCAUCACCCUUCGAGGAGAAGUCCACUUCCCCAAUCUCCAAAUCCAGCGCAGCAUCCUGGAGUUUGGCUGCAUCCUGGCUGGCACUGAAGAAGUGCGUUCUCUGGAGAUAACCAACUGCAGCCCACUGCCUGUCCAGUACCACUGGUCAUUCCAUUCAGACGGCCAGGUGAACAGGCUGAGGUCCCUGUUCAUAGUUACAUUAUUUUCCAGGCAUGAGCAUUACCCACCUAAGUUCAAACCCCAACCACCAAAGGAGAAGAGAACCUGCUUGGAUUACUCGGCACCUCAAAGGAGACGCUUCAAGAUUAGAAAUGGGGAGGACUCAGGCACAGCCCUCAGAGAAUCGUGGGAUCCUGCCCAGUCUUCAGGAGCAGAGGUUUUCAGUGUCCUGCCGCAGUCAGGUGUGCUGCAGCCAGGAGAGAGACAGAAGGUUUCCUUCAAGUUCUUUGGCCACUUCAACACCAUCGCCAGUGUCACGGCGCUGUGCCACGUGGAGGGAGGCCCCACCUACGAGGUGGAGCUGACUGGGGAGGCCUCAUGCAUCAGCUACGCCCUGAGCCUCCAGGAGAUCAACUGCGGCUUUCAGAUAUUUAAUGAAAUUUGUCACAGCACAGUCACCCUGGCGAACACUGGCAACACUGAAUUCAACUGGGUGCUAAAUCCUAGCACUGCAGAGCAACAUCUGCCUGGCGUGUUUCUGGUCAUCCCCCCCACUGGUUCCGUUGCACCUGGUGAGAAGCAAGUGCUGAAAUUCUCUUACAUGCCAGGAGUACCAGGAGCCUUCAGCAGGACUUUCCAGCUUAAAGUGGGUGUCCUGGACCCGGAAAAUAUCUGCCUGAAAGGAGAAGCAUUCUUUCCUGUGAUCAGUGUGAACCUGCCCUGGAACAUCAAAGGAAAUGAAAAAUAUGAGAAGCUCAUAAAACCCCUGCAACAAUACAGUCAGAGGAAUCAAUCAGUUGUUCAGAAGACUCAGAGUCCGAAGACUAAGACCUUCAAGUUUCAGACUCCAAAGACUCAGACCCUGAAGACUCAGAACCUGAAGCCCCACGCACCUGGCUUUGGCACUGUACCAAACACUGAGCUGCAGAUAGAGACGGUGAUGAUGCUGAUAGAGGAGGCUGCUCUGGAGCUGCAGGAAAAGCUCCCAUCCCAUCCCCCAUACAGCAGGUUCCCUGACAAAAAGAUGCGCCAGAGUCUUGUCAAAGUUGAGCUGCCCGAAUAUGUGCUGGACAUGGGCACUGUACGUAAGGGUUACACUAAGAGACGCACCCUGGUGAUCACCAACCCUGGGCAGAUCCCAGUGUCCUUCCAGGUCGAUGUAUCUGCCCUGCAGGACACAGGUUUCAGAGUGAAUCUGGACCAGAUGCAGGGUCUGCCUCACAGACACAACAUAAUGUUUGAGGUGUGCUUUGAAAGCACCCACCGGCAACGGGGUGACGUGGAUGUGCUGCUGCCCAUAGAGGUGGCAAAAGGCCCCACGUAUAACAUCCACCUCCAUGCCACUGUGUUGGAAGGGUGGCUCAACCUCUCCAAGAACACACUGCAGUUCUCUGAUACCCUCGUUGGGCAGUGCCAGAUUGAGACAGUCCAGCUCUACAACUGGUUCCAUGUACCCUGCAAGUGGUUCAUUACUGCCAUCAAGCCUGUCAGGAAGGACAAUCAACGCAAACGCAUUACACCAGCCAUGUGUCAGAAGCAGCAGGUGCUGGAGGAUGAGCCCUGUCCCUUUGAAGUGACGCCCUCCAAAGGAACCCUCAAUCCAGGAAGGUGGCAGAACUUACAAAUCCAGUUUACACCCAAGCAGGAGAGGUCUUACAAGAAUGAGCUGAAGCUUAACGUUUGUGGAAGCAGCAAUCACUUAAAGCUGCACCUCUCAGGACAGGGUCUAGAGCCACGGUUGGAGUUUAGCCCCCCAGCACUCAAGAUGGGAUGGGUGCUGGUGGACAGCGAUGGGGUGGACGCCACAGUGGUGGUGAAGAACCCAUGCAGCUUCCCUGUUGAGUUUUACUCACUGGAUUUUGAUGAGCAGUACUUUGAGGAAGAGAAGAUCCUGUGGAUGGCAGCGGGGUCUGAGUACCAAAAGAACUUUCUAAUGCCUCCAUGCACCGUGGGUGGGAUGCUGCCCCCAGAGGCACUGGAGGACUGUGAAGCACAGAAGAGGCUGAAGGCUCAACAGGCAGAGCUCAAGGCCAUGGCAGAGGCUGAGGCUGAGGCCGAGGCCAUAGACAAGGCAGCACCAGCAUAUCAUGGGGCUGUCACACCCUCUCCUGAGCCCAUGGUGGAAGUGACUGGGAGCCCUAUCUCUCAGGCUGUCAUGCGCCACCUGGGCAUCGACCCAUCUUCAGAGAGGCAUGAAGCACAGCAGGACAGAGGGAUUGUUGUUAUUGUCCAUGGGCCACCCCGGUCAGGUUCUUCCAAGGCCUGUCCCUGUAAUUCCUCGUAUGCAAGUGUCACCAAGCAGUCCUCCUCUCUCUCAGGAAAGACAGAGAUAGUGGCAGCCCUGUGUCACUAUUAUGGCACUGCUCACUUGUCCAUUGACACCAUGGUGAAAGAGGCCAUUGCCAAUGAUCAGAGCCAAGCAGGGCGCCGCGCCCAGGAGCUUUGCACCAAGGCUGCCAUGGAGCUGAGAGGCGAAAACCAAGAUGAUGCUGGUAAAAAGCCUCUGCUUACUGCUCAGACCAAGAAUAAACAAGCCUCUGGGGGAAAAAACAACAUGAAGAAGAAGAGUUCCAAAGGCAAGAACCCUCCAGCAAUAAAGAAGAGGAAGCCAGCCAGCAAACCCAACAAAAAGGACACCAAGCAGCUGAACAUCAUCAGCAGUCAUGGGGAAGAUCUGAACUGCUUGAGCUGUGUGCUGCCCGAGGACCUGUUGGUGGACAUCCUCUGUGAGAGGCUGAAGCAUGAAGACUGCUCCAAGGGAGUGGUCUUUGAUGGCUUGCAGAGCCUCUUCACAAGCAGCCUGGAAUCUUCUCUGCUCUGUGUAUUCAAAGCUGUCAACAAUCGUCAUCAUAUCUACAUGGUGAACCUGCAUCAGGAUUAUGCUUCCUGGAAAGCCAAGGAGGAAGCUGAAAGAGAGAAGGAAGAAUGGCAGAGGAAAAAACCUAUUCAGAGGAGCACAGAAUAUGUCUUGCAAAUGGAUGAGGAUGAGGAUGAUGCCCUUCCUGAGAAGAAAGCUCUAGUGGACAAAAUAAUACCAGAAAGGAAGUGUAUACAGAGAGAGAGGGAGCUGAAGCGGCUGGCUCAAAAGCUUGAGGAGGAGUUACCUGUGAUCCAGAAUGGAAACACAUCCCAGCCUUCAGCUGAAAACAAGCUUCACAAGACCAUAAAGCCUCAGGAGAAGGUGGAGAAGAAGCCUGAACAAAAAUGUGGAGGCCAAAGGAGUCUUCAGUCAUCUCAUCUGGAGACACGAAGCGAAGUUGCAGAAGGGACUGUCAGAGAUGAGCAUGUCGGGGUGUGGUGCUUGGACAUCCAGGUCACAGAUCCAAAGGCCAUGAUUAGGGAGAUCCUGAGGGAUGGGAGGCUGCCAACAAAAGAUAAGAUGCUGAGACAUCUGGGACUGCAUCCCGAAGGGCCUCCCCUGCCCCCUGCUGCUGUCUUCUCCGUAGUCAACUACCCAGAGGAGUGGUUGGGUUCUGCAGAGUGUGUGAAGCCCUUCACCAUUGUUGCACCGGAAGGUGCUGCUAUGGAAGACAAUCGGGCCAAGGCCCCAGAUGCCAAGGGCAGUUCUGCCGAGGGCCAACCAAAGACACAUAAAGCAGCCAGCAGAGACAACUCUCCAAAGGAGAACCAGAUCUCCACACACAGAACAGAAAGUCCCCAGGAUUCCUCUGCAACCAGAUCCAAAAGUGUGCUGAAAAGAGCCUCAACCCCCACAGAAUUCCACAGGCUGAAACGGUACCGAUGGAUAGUGCCUGGCCACGGUGAGGUGGAACUGAAGGUCCACUUCUCCACCAAAAGGCCAGGGAAGUUUGAGCACACGCUGAGGUUUGAGCUCGUGGAGACAAAGCGCCAGUACGAGCUGCCCUGCAGUGGCACGGGCGUGUACCCCAGCAUCAGCCAGAACCCGCGGCUGGUGUUUCCACAGUGGAGGGAGACCAUGGAGGCAGAUGAAAUCAUCUUCAAGGAAUAUGUUGAGAGCACAAAGCAAUUCCACUUUGGACCUCUGCUGUGUGGGAAAUCAAGAGAGUGGUACAAGGCCCGGAACUGUCCCGGCAACUCAGAGAAUAUAACCAUCCUCAACAACUCCCCUGUGGAUGCAGAGGUCCAGUUCUCCUUUGAGAAUGAUGGGAAAGCAGAGACAUUUCUUUUGGACCCUCCCAGCAUGACACUCAAACCAAAGGAGAAGCAGGAGCUGACCAUUUGGGCAUACCCCACUUCCCCUGGCUUCCUGGAAGACAAACUCAUCUGCUGCAUUGAGAAGAACCCAGACCCAGUGGUUUUCAGCCUGUGCUGCCAUGGGGUGCACGUGAUGCUGGAGGUCAGCCCCCUGGAGCUGUCUUUUGACAAGCUGCUUCUGCACAGGACUGACAGCAGGACCUUGGUCCUGAAAAACAACACCCUACUGCCCAUGGCCUGGAAGCUCACUGGGCUGGAUGACCUUGUUGAGGCCUUCUCCUUGUCACAAGAUAACGGCAUCAUUGAUCCCCGCUCAGAGUUUGAUGUGACCCUGAAUUUCAAGGCCGAGCAGAUUGGCAGCAUUGAGAAGACCCUGCGACUAGAGGUUUCAGAUACAGGAAACGUCCUGGGGAUUGUUCAGGCUGAAGACAUUGAGAUCUCUGCAGAAGUCUGUGAUGUUUCUCUGAGCAUCGACAUGCCUGAAGGUCCAGAUGGAAGCUUGGAAUUUGGAACCAUUAAUGUCCUGGAAAAUGUGAAGAAAGUCCUGAGUCUAAAGAACAAAGGGAUGUACAACAUUGAGUACUGUUUUGUGCUGAAGAAUGCAGGUCCCAGGAUGCAAGAUUUGGCAUCCCACUUCACUAUUGAGCCUCAGUCGGGCAUGCUGAUUGCCUCCCAGCCUGGUGUGAAUGUUGAGAUGGUCUUCCACCCCACAAGGGAAAUGCUCCUCAAGAACAAACCCAUCCUGUACUGCCAGGUGACAGAUGCCAGCUCAGGGGAAGGAAGCCAGACUGUUGCCACCAUCCCAGUGAGGGUGUCGGCAAAAGCUGUGUACAGCAAGUACAGUAUUGAGCCUGCCUCACCCAUCAACUUUGGGGCCAUGCUCAAGGGCACCAAGAAGACCCAGACUGUUGUGCUGGAGAACAGAGGCAUGCUCAACUUCAAAUUCCACAUCCUCCAAGCACCCGAGGAUGCAUCUGCAUUGGCAAGCAAAAGCUCAAAGCAAGAGGAAUCCUCUCCAUCAGGAACAAAGCUGAAAUCAAGCUCCUUGACACAGGGUUACCUCAGUCUUGGCAUGUUCACGGUGUCCCCCUGCUCCGGCUCUGUCGCUCCAUGGGGCCAGCAGAAGAUCACAGUGGAAUGCCUCGCAGGGCAGGAGGGGACAUGUGAGGGGCAGCUCUACAUUGACAUUACAGGCAGAGACCCCAAGGACAAUCCCCUGGGCAUUCCCUUUACCCUGAUUGCCGAGUCCUGCCUCCCAGCACUUGUUGAGGAUGUCACGUUAACCUUCGAGGAGUACCCGAUCUGCAGCAGCACCAACCUCAGCUGCAAGCUGCGGUCAGUCAAAGGCACGGGUCUGUUUGUCAGAGAAGAGAACAAAUUCGUCUUCACCAAGGUUCUGGUUGGGCAAGAGGCUGAAGCUCAUUUCAGCAUCUACAAUACAAGUGGUCUGCCAUGGGACGUGGUCCUCUCCAUCAAACCCCUGCCUGGAAAGGAAAAAAGCCCUAUCAAUAACAUUUUCAAGUUGUAUCCUGACAUGAUGUCCAUUCCUGGCUCAUCCAAUGCCAUUGCUACGGUGACCUUCACCCCACUGGAGGAGCAGAACUACAGCUGUAUUUUCAAGGCUUCCCUUGUCAUCCCAAAAAGCUCUGUGCAAAUUAAGCCCCAAACCCUGACCUUCACCAUCAGUGGGAAGGGGCAUGAGCCACAGGUGACAGUCGUGUGCCCAAGUGCUCGCAGCAAGAGGGGAAAUGCUGUGCUGCGCUUCAAGAGACUCCGGGUGGGGGAUACAGAGAUGCUCCCCCUGGUCAUCCAUAACAAUGGCAUCGUACCUGUCAAGUUUAUGUUACACCUGGAGGAUGAGCACGGAGCGUUCUUUUUGAAAGGCAGGGGCUCCACACCUGAGAGAUUCUACACUGAAGAUGUGGAAGAGGACUGCGUUGGAAAUGAGAGCAAGCCCCCAGAGAAGCCUUUCUUCCUUCUGCAUCAUGGGCAAUCGACAAAUAUUGAUGUCAUUUUCAAACCCACCUUGACUCAACAUCUGGAAGGGAAGAUUUGUGUGUUACUGGAAGACAUCUACUCUAAGAAGACCCUAAUAGAGCUGGUGGGUGAAGGCCACAAGGAUGAAUUCACCCUUGAUGGACUAGAGGAAGACACAGAUGAGAGGAGAGCUAAGCGCAGUCUGAAGAAAGACAUUAUUGAUGCUGUCAGAUUGAAUCACAUCCAGUUUGGGGACUGUCCUGUCGGGAGGCCCUACCGCAGGACCUUCACCAUCACCAACCAUACCAGUACGAAGGUCAUGCGCUUUGAGUGGGAGGCAGACGCCGCAUUCCAGUUCUCCCCCAAGAUGGGACACCUCCACCCUGGAUGUGCCAAGGACAUCACAGUCACCUUGAAAUCAGAUGUCCCAGCCACCUUCAGGAGGCACCCUGUGAAAUGUAAGGUGAUCAAGACCAACUCUGAGCUACCACAAAGGAAGGUUGAGGACUGGGAGGACCGAAUGUGCAUUGUCACAAUGGAGGAUACCACCAGGAAAGACAUGGCAGCCAACCGGCCUGUGAAAAAGAAGAUGGUCCAGACAGCCCCAGAACCAGAACCGGCACCGGCUUACACUGUGGAUGAGAGCAUCCAGGAGGCCAAGGUGUACCUCAGUGCUGUUGUUGGCUACACCGAGUUCAAACAGAACCUGAUAAUGGUUCAGCUCAAGGACACCUUGCCCAACCAGACAAGGAAAGACAUUUUCAGGAUACACAACACAGGAAAUAUAACCCUGGAAUACAGCUGGAUGGAAGCUGCAGAUAGUAAAGCAGUGAAGAAGCCAUACUCAACCACUCGGACGGGAGCUGAGCCAGCCACUGGGAAGAGCCACACGCUGGGUCAGGACCUGGAAGGGGGUCAUCUCUUUGACAAGUCUGAGACUGGGAAAAACAAUGGUGUAAUGAAUGACAAAAAAGACCUGCCACUGUUCUCCAUCCACCCCUGCCACGGCAUCAUCCCUCCUGGCCAAAAGCAGAUCUUUCACGUGCUGUUCUCCCCAAAGCAUGUGGGGAAGUUUAGGACCAGCAUACUCUUCAGGACUCAUAAGCUGAAGCCGGCUCUGAAGAAGGUAGAGGUGAUUGUGAAAGGCAGAGCCCAGGAGCAGGAGUGUCUUGAUAAACCAAAACGCUCUGCGUUACGGCAGACAGACAAAGGCCAAGGACCCAAGAAGCAGCAUCCAGCAGGAGCCAGCAACAUCGUGUCUUCUGCUGCUGAUGGUCUCCCACCCUUCACCAGAGACCUCUGCAGCUACCCUUGCAAGCUCCAGUGA